CAGUCUCCAACACUCCUGCAAAAUUCCCCCAGACUGUCCACUUCGCCCUCCCUCAUACCCUGCAACGUGUAACGAAACCACGACGUCCAGGCCCUCACAUACUCUAAUUACCUUCCUUCGUUUCCUUCUUGCUGCCACGGACAGCGGCGUUGCAUUGGGCCUUCUCUAUUCUCCUGCAUUUGUCGAUAUUCACCAGACGGUCGACCAACUCAUCCCGCACCAUAUUGCAGCAAGACCAUUGUCGCGGUCUGACACUUUGGCACAUAAUCUCUAAAUGACUUGCGCAAGCGCCUGAAUUCUAUGAAGCCAACCAAGGCUACUGGUGUGCCACCGACUCGGAAGGGUGCUUUGCGCCGUGAGCCAUAGUUCCCUCUCCAUCACAAAAUGACUUCCACCAUGGAUGCAUCCCAAAAGAUCGACUUGUAUGCCGCGAGGCUCACAGAUCCCAAGAUCGAUACUCGUGCCAAAGCAAAUACAGCCACCGAAGUUAGAGACUCGAUCGAAAGCCUCUGCAGUCCUCCUGCUACAUACGCCAAGUUUCUCGCCACACUCUGGCCGGUGUUCAAGAAGAUCCUCGAAGGCAAGCCUGACUUUUCACCCACCUCCUUCGAGCAGAUAUUGCGCAACCAGAUUCUUGAGAUCCUCCAUCGACUUCAACAUGGCCCUGUCGAGGUCGAGCCUUACGCUUUGGAAAUGGUGGAUACCUUGCUGGAACUGGUCCGGGUGGAAAACGAAGACAAUGCUGUCCUGUGCCUCAAGACUAUCAUGGACCUAGAGCGCUCACAGGUAAAAGCCACCAGCGGCAGAGUCCAGGACUUUCUUGAUCUGAUCCAAGAAAUGUUCGAAAUGAUGGACCAGGCUGUCAAGGAUACCUUUGAUUCACCUACGACCCACCAUCAGCAAUCCUCUUCUACCCCAAACCCAGCGGGAGGUAGUCUUCAGUCUCCUCGGCCUGGCUCACCCGGCACGACGGUCUCGGAUCCUGGAAGUGAGAAGAAGGAGCAUGUACCUCUCGCAAAGGGCAUGCAGUCUUUCAAGGUCCUCUCAGAAUGCCCCAUCAUUGUUGUUUCCAUCUUCCAGGCUCACCGUGCUUCGGUCCCUGCUAAUGUCAAAAAGUUUGUGCCAUCAAUCAAAGGCAUCCUGCUCUUGCAGGCCAAGGCACAAGAGAGGGCCCAUGAGGAAGCCGAGGCCAACGGCACCAUUUUCACCGGUGUCAGUAAGGAUAUUAAGAAUCGAGCGGCUUUCGGCGAUUUCAUCACUGCUCAGGUCAAAACUAUGAGUUUUCUGGCCUACUUGCUCCGCGUGUACGCCAACCAGCUUACAGACUUUUUGCCCACAUUACCGGUUGUGGUGGUGCGCUUGCUCAAAGAUUGCCCGCGGGAGAAGUCCGGGGCUAGGAAAGAGCUUCUGGUGGCCAUUCGUCACAUCAUCAAUUUCAACUACCGCAGAAUCUUCCUCAAUAAGAUUGACGAACUGUUGAACGAAAAAAUUCUAAUCGGCGAUGGUUUGACCGUCUAUGAGACGAUGCGCCCGUUGGCAUACAGCAUGCUUGCGGACUUGAUUCACCAUGUCCGGGACUCGCUAGAUCGAGAUCAGAUCCGACGUACCAUCGAAGUCUACACCAAAAAUCUGCAUGAUACCUUUCCGGGCACCAGUUUUCAAACAAUGAGCGCCAAGCUACUAUUGAAUAUGGCCGAAAGCAUUACCAAGCUUGAGAACAAGCAAGAUGCUCGAUACUUUUUGAUCAUGAUUCUCGACGCAAUCGGUGACAAAUUUGCUGCCAUGAACUACCAGUACAAGAAUGCUGUUAAGCUCAGCAGGCAAUACGCGGAAAAGUCCAAAGAAAACCACGUCGAGACCUACAUGGACGAUGAAGAUCAGGUUCUGGACUGGGAUGAGGUCGAUAUCUUCACUGCGACUCCCAUCAAGACCUCGAGUCCCCGGGAACGCGGUGCUGAUCCGGUUUUUGACAACAAGUUCUUGUUCAAGAACCUUGUGAAUGGACUUAAGAAUAUGUUCUUCCAAAUCAAAGCCUGCAACCCCCAAGGUCUCACCAUUGACCCGGCCAACGUCCCCAUGAAUUGGGCCGAAGUGUCCUAUGGCUACAACGCUGAGGAAACGCGGGUGAUUACGAAGCUCUUCCAUGAGGGUGCGCGUGUCUUCCGCUACUAUAGCGCAGAGGCUCCACCCACCGAUGUUCAAUACACAUCACCCGUCGAUUUCAUGGCUAGUCACUCAAUGGCUCAGAUGACCAGAGAGGAGAAGGAGCUGUUGGAAGCCUUUGGUACCGUCUUCCACUGUAUUGAUCCAGCGACUUUCCAUGAGGUGUUCCAGGCAGAAAUUCCACAUCUCCAUGAGCUGAUGUUCGAGCACACUGCACUUCUACACCUUCCUCAAUUCUUUCUAGCAAGUGAAGCCACCUCUCCGGCAUUUGCUGGUAUGGUUUUACAUUAUCUCAUGGGGAAGCUUCCAGAGGUCGGCACUUCUGAUAUUGUCAAGUCCUCCAUUCUCCUCAGGAUGUUCAAGCUCUCUUUCAUGGCCGUUACGCUCUUCUCUGCACACAAUGAACAAGUCCUCCUGCCGCACAUCACCAAGAUAAUCACUCAGUGUGUGCAAUUGUCGGUGACUGCGGAAAAGCCGAUCCAUUACUUCAUCCUCCUCCGAUCACUUUUCAGGAGCAUCGGAGGUGGCCGCUUCGAGUUGCUGUACAAGGAAAUUCUGCCUCUUCUGGAGAUGCUCUUGGAGACGUUCAACCACUUACUUCAAGGAGCUCGAGACCCGCAUGAUCGGGACCUAUACGUCGAACUAACUCUGACCGUCCCCGCGAGACUCAGCCACCUUCUCCCUCAUCUCAAUCAUCUGAUGAAGCCUCUCGUGGUAGCUCUUCGUGCCGGUCCUGAUUUGGUCGGCCAAGGACUUCGAACCUUGGAGCUGUGUGUCGACAACCUCACCGCCGAUUACCUCGAUCCCAUCAUGGCCCCUAUCAUGGACGAACUGAUGACUGCUCUUUUUGAACACCUCAAACCCCAGCCUUACCAGCAUUUCCAUUCUCACACUACCAUGAGGAUCCUUGGCAAGCUCGGUGGCAGAAAUCGCAAAUAUCUUAACCAUCCACAUCUGCUCUCCUUCCGGCAAUACACGGACGACGCGCCCAGUUUUGACAUUAGACUAAUUGAGUCGAACCGUGAUAGAGCUUUCCCCAUGGACACAGCCGUGGACCUAGCCAUCCGGAAGCUAUCUGAAGUAACAAAGGCUUCAGCCACCAAAUCCCUGGACGCGUACUACAAGCAACAGUCAUUCAAGCUGAUCAGCAAUCAAGUGAGACUAUUCAUCGGAUCCGACCACUUGCCAGACAAUUUUGCUGCAUUGAUACGACUCCAAGCAAACGACCUUGUUGCUCGCCGCUUUGCAACAUACACGGAAAUGUUGGCGGAGAGUGAUACCAGCAAGCCCGUCCAAAAGCGCAGGGAUCAAGAAGACAAUCUGAAGAAGCUGAUGAAAGCAGUAUUUACUGCUACGACGAUUCCUGACCUGAAGACUCAAGCCGAUGCCUUCAUCCUGAGCAUUUCUCGCCAUUUUACCAUUGUUGAACUUGGCCAAGCACUUUGUGAUGCUGCGAGGAAGACAAAGGAAUUCGACGUCAACUCUGGGGAGGGGGCUGUGUAUCUCAACUCUCGCAUUUUGGCAGACGUGAUCUCUGACUGCCUCGCAUCAGACAAUAUCACGGUCCGAGAGUCUGCCGAAGCAUCAAUGGUUGCUGUGGUAGAGACUGCUCGGACGAUCUUCGGGAGUGACAGUAAGGCUGCCACACUACCCUUCUUCAGCUACCUCACUCAGACAUUCUGCUAUCGAUGCCGCGAGGUUGAGUGGUUUACCAAAGCGGGCGCGACCCUUGGCAUCAAGCUCCUUGUCACCGAACUUGGCUUGGGCAACGGCUUUGUACAGAGCAAGCAGCUCGAACUCAUCAAAGCUCUCCUCUAUGUCAUCAAAGACACGCCGCAAGAAGUCCCUGCAAGUACGCGAAUCACUGCACAAGAGACCCUCGAACACAUUUUAAAGAUUGGUUUGGCAGGCAGCUCAAAGGAGUCCAUCACCAAUGAGAAGAGUCCACUUUUCAUGCUCUGUGCCACGUUCUGCGUUGAGUUGUCACAUAUGAAUAAAAAUGCUCGACAGACAGCACAGAAGGCAUUUUCCAUGAUGGCUGAAAUCGUUGGACUUGAGAUUCAUGAAAUCCUCGAGCCUGUAAAAGAUCGUUUGUUGCAGCCCAUCUUCAACAAGCCAUUGAGAGCCCUUCCAUUCCUGUCGCAGACCGGCUUUAUCGACGCCAUCACUUAUUGUUUGGGCCUUGGACACGAUUUUGUCCCUCUGAAUGACCAGCUGAACCGGUUGAUGAUGGAAUCACUCGCUCUGGCCGAUGCUGAAGCUGAAAUUCUUCAUCCAAAACCCGACGAAUUCAACAAUGCUCAACUAAUUGUAAAUCUCAGAGUUUCUUGUUUGAAAUUGCUUUCCCUGGCAAUGAGUCUUCCCGAGUUCGCAGCCGGAACACAGAGCACCAACAACAACUCCACUCGAGCACGAAUCAUUACAGUCUUCUUCAAAUUACUCUAUUCCAAGUCCCCAGAGAUAAUUGACGCAGCCAACGCCGGGCUAAAAGACGUUCUUGUCCAGACCGCGAAAUUGCCAAAAGACUUGCUUCAGAAUGGUCUUCGCCCAAUUCUCAUGAAUCUGCAAGAUUCAAAACGACUGACAGUCGCCGGUCUGGAAGGGCUUGCGCGUUUGCUCACCUUACUCACAAAUUACUUCAAGGUCGAGAUAGGUGCCCGACUUCUGGAGCACAUGAGAGUGAUUGCAGACGAUGCUCUGCUUCAAAAGGUGUCGUUUGGCCUUAUUGAACAGAAUGCGCAGAUGAAGAUUGUUACCGCUAUAUUCAACAUUUUUCACCUUCUUCCACCGGCUGCAACCAGUUUCAUGGCUGAUCUAGUGAAUGGUGUACUUGACUUGGAGUCAAAGCUAAGGCGAACAGUUGCGAGUCCUUUCCGCCAUCCCCUCGCUCUGUAUUUGGACAAAUAUCCCAAAGAGACAUGGGCCUUUUUCCAACCUCUGAUGCAGGAGGAGAAAUAUGGUCGCUUCUUUGGUCAGAUCCUUGCAUCAGACCACAGUAAUGCCAUUCGAGAGGUUGUGAUGGGUGAUAUCGAGACUCUUAUCAAGGUUGCAUUCGAAGUCGAGGAGGAGCCCGCAAAGCAGAUUGCCGCCAUCAACGGCAUUUACGUCGUUCACUCGAUCUGCAAGUCCGACUCUGCCAAAGUCUGGUUGCGUGGUCAAGAGACGCUGAGAUCAAAGAUCUUAUCCACUGGCCGGGAGCUGGAAGGACAGCUUCGCCAGGAUACCUUGCAACAGCCCCAGCGACUCCGAGCCGAGCAAGCUGGCGAUCAAGUCAUCGAUAUUGUGACCCAGUAUCUGUCGGAGUCACUUGACGAUACCACUUUCAUGAUGGAGAUAUUUUCUUGUGCUUCUCAGGGCAAGAUCAAACCCUCGUUACAACUGACAAAGUACCUCUAUGGCUCCGUCAUCACGGACAAGUCACUCGAACGUCGAUUCAACAUUGUUGAGAAGUGUCUAGAUCUCUAUUCUCGCAAGAACGAGCCCCAGAAACUCAAGACCUUCUUGCUACACAGUGUGGUCAAUCCAAUCCUCGCCCAGAAUGUCCAGAAUACUCGUCGAGAAGACAACGAGGCCGGAAACCUUGCCGAUAGCAAAUUAUUCAACUUGCUGCUUGAGAAGCUAUGGAAGUCUGCUGCAUCUCUCGAGUCGAGUGACGAAUCGUCGCAGCCAGGCAUUGACCACUCUCGAAUGGAAGCCCUCCAAUUGUCCGCCUUCAUUUUGAAAUAUCACAAGGAUGCUGUUUCAGAAGAUCGUAAGGAGAUUAUAAAGUAUUCUUGGGGGCACAUCAAAUUAGAGGACGUGAUCAACAAAUAUGCUGCUUACGUUCUCAUCUGCUACUUCAUCAGAUCCUAUGAAACACCACCCAAGAUAGCGGUACAGAUAUACAAUCAGCUUCUCAAAGCACACCAAAACGAAGGCAAGGUGCUGGUGUCGCAGGCCCUUGAGGUUCUUGCACCAGUGUUGCCAAUUCGAAUGGGCAGCCCUAACAAUACGCCUGGCGAUAAACGAUCCCCACAUUGGGCUCGUCUCCCGCGCAAAAUCUUGAAUGAAGAGACGGGGAAUCUGCAGCAAGUUCAGAGUAUCUUCAACUUCAUUGUGCGGCAGCCCGAUCUCUUUUACGAUUCUCGAGAGUUCUUCGUUCCUACCAUUGUCCAGAUGCUUCAAAAGAUCGCGCCACCUCCCAACCCAUCAAACGAAAGCAAGAAGCUGGCCCUUGCUCUCAUAUCACUCAUUCAGCAGUGGGAGAGCAAACGCGUAUCUGCCUCCUCUCCGACACAAUCUGCCGCAGAGCUGACGCCGUCCAAAAAACGAGAUUCUCAAGGGAAUGCAAAGCUCCCCCCUCCACAAACCAAGGAACGCGUCGAAUACCUCAUUCCUUUGGAACACCGUACAUUGGUCAUCAAAUACAUGAUCAACUUCAUAACUGGAUUGGCAGAGCGCCACCCUGUACCUGCUGCCGAACUCAAGGUCAAGGCUAUGCAGAAAGCUCAGAUACAGGCAUUGCCCAACGAUAUGUGCAAGAAGGCCGUGCAGCUGCUUCGAGACUUACUUGCACCUAACAUGUGGUCGGAUGUUGAUGUUGGGCUUUACGAAAAGCUCCUCGAACCGAUCUUGGCGGGUGAAAAGGCCGACAAAGCUGACGAAAAGCAACUUACUUGCAUGAUCAAUGCACUUCAGGUCCUCCGAAUCUUAAUUAAUACAAAGUCGGAUGAAUGGAUCUUGACCAACAUGGAAAGAGUACAGAAGCUCCUGGAGAAGCCCCUCAAGAUGGAGGAUCCAGAGAUUCAGGAUUGUCUGCAUCUCGUGACUGACAACAAUAAACAUCCGCCACUAGUGCGAAGAAUUCUGGAGGCAAUUCCAAACCAGCAGGCUGAGGACGAAGAUGGAAUGGACGUGGAUUCUUCGCCGUCUGACUUCCCAACAACAUACUCAAAGAUCAUGAUAGGCGAAGCGUUAUCCUCUUCCAACUUUACCUCGGCGAUCAACAAUCUUUGGACAUUGUCAUUGGUCCGCCCAGCUGAUGUUGAUGACCAUAUCGCCGGAGCCAUGAAAGCCUUGCAAGGUAAGCUCGCCAAAGAGCAUAUCCACGCCUAUGCUAUUCCACCCGGCCCCCCACCUCAAGGCUGGCGGCUGGGCGAGCCCUUGAUGGAUCCCUACGAAUUCGCACUUGGUGUUGAUUUGAUCAAGAAGACUAUUGACAUUCUUGCAUUGCGAAUGGGCGAGCUCAAUGACCAGCGGAGACCUUUCCUCAGCGUUCUAGCUUCGCUCGUGGAGAAGUCUUUCAAUGUCGAGAUGUGCAACAAGGUUCUUGAUAUGGUCGAGCAGUGGGUCUUCAAUUCCAACGAGCCUUGGCCGACUCUUAAGGAGAAGACCGCGGUGCUGCAUAAAAUGCUCAUUUUCGAGAAGUGGCAAAAUCAAACCCUCCUCGACCGUUUCCUGGAGCUCGUGAUCAAGAUAUAUGAAGAUCCUACAGUGACAAGAACCGAACUCACGGUGCGUUUGGAGCAUGCAUUCUUGAUAGGAACAAGAGCAAAGGAUGUGGAAAUGCGCAAUCGUUUUAUGAGCAUCUUCAAUCGUGCUCUGUCGAAGACUGCGAGCUAUCGACUGAACUAUGUCUUGACGUUGCAAAAUUGGGAUACCCUCGCGGACUCCUUUUGGCUGAAGCAAGCAUCUCACCUGAUUAUGGACUCAGUAGAGAUGUCUUUGCCCGCUCGGCUGCAUGCAGAAGACCUCCGGCUCUGCCCAGUUUCUCAACUGUUUAAAGCAUCACUUGUCAGUCCGGAGCAGCAAAAGGACGAUCUUAUCAUCGAAGACGGCCUCGAAAGUCUGAUCACCGCCGAGCGCCGUUUUAAUCAAGAAAUGCAAGAGGUCAAGGUCCGAGAUCUUCUUGAGCCAAUCAUUCAACUCCAGCACGCGGAUGAUAAUGUCGCCUACGACGUUUGGAUCAAGCUUUUCCCCCUGUGCUGGUCCGCUCUCAACAGAGAUGAACGUCUGGACCUUGAGAAAGGCAUGGUGACUUUGCUUGCCAGAGAAUAUCAUCAAAGACAACUUAACGCGAGGCCCAACGUCGUCCAGGCAUUGCUUGAAGGCGUUGUCAGAGCACGACCGAGAUUCAAAGUUCCGCCUCACGUUAUGAAGUUCUUGAGCAAGACCUACGAUGCAUGGUAUACCGCACUUAUUUCUCUAGAGGAAUCCACCAUUGAUCCGCUCAUCGACACUCCUGCAGUAAGAGAGAGCAAUUUGGACGCCCUCGUCGAGGUAUAUGCCGGCCUCCAGGAGGACGACCUGUUUUACGGAACUUGGCGCCGACGCUGUAAGUUUAUGGAAACCAAUGCAGCACUGUCCUACGAACAACAUGGAAUUUGGGACAAGGCACAACAAUUGUGGGAGUCUGCACAAGUCAAGGCAAGAACAGGUGUUGUCCCAUUUUCCCAAGGGGAAUACUACUUAUGGGAAGACCAUUGGAUGAUUUGUGCACAGAAAGUACAACAGUGGGAUAUUCUCGGCGAAUUUGCCAAACACGAGAACUUCAGCGAUCUUCUCCUCGAAUCCGCAUGGAGAAAUUACGAGGCUUGGUCCGGAGACGACAAUCGCAAUCAAUUGGAUGGCAUGAUCAAAUCCGUCUCGGACGCUCCAACCCCAAGACGGACGUUUUUCCAGGCCUUCAUGGCGCUCUUGCGAUACAAUUCGAAACAAAUGUCUCGAGCAGAAUUCCAACAUGUCUGCGAUGAGGCUAUUCAGUUGUCCAUCCGAAAGUGGCACCAGCUUCCUAAGCGCAUCACCAACGCCCACAUUCCGAUCUUGCAGAAUUUCCAACAACUGGUUGAGUUACACGAUGCCAGCAUCAUCUGCGACAGUUUGAUGGGUACGAAUGACCGCAACCUAGAUACCAAAUCUCAGGAGGUGAAGAUGAUGUUGCAGGCGUGGCGAGAUCGACUCCCAAAUAUUUGGGACGAUGUCAACGCGUGGCAAGAUCUUGUCACCUGGCGCCAACACGUCUUCCAGCUUGUCAACUCUACAUACCUGCCCCUUCUCCCUCAAGGUGGUAAUAACGUCGGCAACAAUUCUUACGCGUUCCGUGGCUAUCAUGAAACGGCAUGGAUAAUUAACAAGUUUGCUCAUGUCGCUCGCAAGCACCAGAUGCCAGAUGUCUGUAUCACGCAACUAGGAAAGAUCUACACACUUCCAAAUAUCGAGAUCCAGGAAGCGUUUUUGAAGUUGAGAGAACAGGCGAAAUGCCACUACCAGAACAAAUCGGAACUCAACAACGGCCUGGACGUGAUCAACAAUACGAACCUCAACUAUUUCGGUGCGCAGCAGAAGGCCGAGUUUUACACCUUGAAAGGCAUGUUCCUCGCCAAACUUCAACAUGCAGAGGAAGCCAACGAGGCUUUUGGCGUCGCUCUCUACUAUGACUUGAGACUACCUAAGGCUUGGGCAGAGUGGGGACAAUACUCGGACCGUAAGUUCAAGGAGGACCCCUCAAACAUCGAGGCGGCGAGCAAUGCAGUCAGUUGCUACCUCGAAGCUGCCGGAUUGUACAAGAGCGCAAAAUCGAGGAAGAUGCUCAGCCGAGUUCUCUGGCUCCUGAGUCUCGACAAUGAAGAAGGCCAUAUCGCCAAGGCCUUUGAAGAUUUCAAAGGUGAAACACCUGUCUGGUAUUGGACUACGUUCGUGCCUCAAUUGCUGGGCAGUCUUGAACAUAAAGAGGCACAGCUAGCCAAGUCUGUGCUCGUGAAGAUCGCAAAGGCAUUCCCUCAAUCAUUGUUCUACCAUCUCCGGGCCACUCGAGAAGAGUUUUUAUCCAAAAAGAAACAGUCUGAGAACCAAAAGCGUGCACAGCAGGCCAAGCAAGAGAAAUCAGAAGGAGGGUCACGACCAGGAACGGCCAACGGAGAGGCGGGCGCCAAUGCCAAUGCCAAUGCCAAUGGCAGUGCUUCGCCCAAGCCAAAACAAGAGGCUAAUGGCGAAGCUUCGACGAACGGUGCUGAGGCCGAGAAGAAACAGGAACCUCGAAAGCCUUGGGAUCAUACGGAUGAGAUCAUGGCUGGACUGAAGACGGCUUUCCCACUCCUUGCGCUCUCGAUGGAGACCAUGACAGAUCAAUUGUCCAAACAUUUCAAAUGUCCGCCAGACGAAGAUGCCCAUCGUCUCAUUGUGGCUUUGCUAAACGAUGGACUGGCAUACAUCAGCCGGGCCCCGGGCACAUAUGCUGAGGGUGCGAAGUUGCCGCCGAGUACUGAAGCCAACAUUGCGCGAUUUGUGACGUCGGUCCUUCCGGCACACAUCCGCAAGUCGUUUGAAGCCGACUUCGUGCAGACGCGGCCGACGAUGUACGAGUACAUUCACAAGCUGAGGAGAUGGCGGGACAAGUUUGAACAGAAGCUCGACCAUAAACAACAGUGGAAUCCCCUUGAGUCAUACAGCCAUCACUUGAGCGAGUUCAAAUUCUUGAAGUUUGAUGACUCGGUCGAAGUUCCUGGACAAUACCAGCAACACAAAGAUAAGAACACUGACUUUGUCCGGAUUGAACGUUUCAUGCCAACAGUUGAAGUUGUUCGAGGAAAUAGCAUCUGUCAUCGACGACUCACAAUUCGGGGCCACGAUGGGUCACUCCAUCCAUUUGCCGUUCAGCACCCGACGGGCGGCAAGGUACGGCGCGAGGAGCGGAUCGUUCAGCUGUUCCGGAUCUUCAAUCAAACCCUGGCGAAACGCAAGGAAUCUCGUCGGCGGAAUUUGUACUUUCACUUGCCCAUCUUUGUGCCGAUAGCACCCUACAUUCGACUGGUGCAAGAUGAUGCUUCGUACGUCACGUUCCAAACCAUUUACGAGGACUUUGUCCGAAAGGCACCAGGAAUGUCGAGAGAUGAUCCAAUGAUGUUUGUCUUGAGCAAGUCUCGAACAAUUGCCGACCAGCAAAAGACCAGCCCACGCACGGCGGAGCAGCUGGCGGUGCUCAAGACAGAAAUUUUCAACACGAUCCAGGAGCGGUGGGUUCCCAAUACUAUCCUCCUCAAAUACUUCCAAGCCGUCUACCCGAACUUUGCGGACUUUUGGCUUUUCCGUCGCCAAUUCUCGUAUCAGUACGCGGCUACCACUUUCAUGACAUAUGUGAUGCACAUCUCUGCUCGCUACCCGAGCAAGUUUGCCAUCUCCCGAUCAACUGGGGACAUUUGGGCGAGCGAUCUGUUGCCCAACCUCAACUCGGCUCGGGCAUACUUCUUCAACCCAGAAGCGGUGCCUUUCCGACUGAGUCCCAACGUGCAAACAUUGAUGGGCCCACUGGCGGUGGAAGGGAUAUUCACAGCAAGUCUGAUGGCGAUUGCAAGAUGCAUUGCGGAACAAGAUCAAGGAUAUGAAAUGGAACAGCAGCUGUCGAUCUUUGUGCGUGAUGAAAUGUACAAUUGGGCGGGAGGACGAUCACAGAGCGGCAGUGAGAAGAUGGAGGGACAGCAUCUUCGGGAAUUGGUUGGGCAGAAUGCCGAUUUCGUGGUACGGCGAGCGCUUGCAUUGGCCAAGACUCAAGGCACAGUUGGUGGUGGUGGGGAGAAUGGAGGAUUGAAUGGAGUGCUUCCAGCAUGCCAGAAUGUGGUGGACUUGGUGAGUCGGGCUACAGACCCGAUGAAACUGAGUGCGAUGGACCCAUUGUGGAUGGCUUGGUUGUAACCAAGAGCAAUGCGGAUAGGAUUUCACGGUUUAGGGUUGAAAAUCAGGAUUCAGGAUUCAGGAUCCAGGACGACAUCGAACAAAGGCGUUGGCAAAGUACAGGUACAGGUACAGGUACUGGCACUGGCACAGGCAGGCAUUCUGUCAGCGACUUGAGAGCUUGAUGGUGUUCAGGGCUAUCAUGGGAAUGCAAUUGUUUGAUUAUGAUGAGCCAGCCUCUUGGAAGAAGAGCUGAUGGAGGAGACUGUAUGUGUAUAUUCACUGGACAAGGCGCGAUCAUCAGUGUAUUUUAGCUUGAGCCAGAAAUGAUGAUUAUAUGCGAGAUUGAGAUUGAGAUUGGAUGAAUGUACACAUGCUAGACAUUGAAUACUAAUCAUUCUCCUCGUGA